CGACGAGAAUACAUAUACUUUGGAGCGUCUGUGUGCGCCGUUGAUGUAAACGAUGAUGGGUAUGUAUCCAUUUAAAUGUUACAGCGAGCAUUUAGUUCUGUUGUUUUAUGAAACAACUGUUGGUAAAUGUUUAUCAGACGUUGCGCCGCGCUAUACCUGAAAGGGACUUCAGCCAACUGCAAACGUGGGUCGGAGGCCGAAAAUAUUGUCUGCAAGUUUCAAUUUUUUCCAGUAUCUUUUUGCAAUUUUUACACUCUUGGUGGUCAGAUUUAAUAGAUCUUGUAUUUCAAUCUUUAUCUAUUUUCACUAUAUUUUUGAAAUCAAAUCACAGGCUCUGGGAUAUAUUUCUUCUUGCCAACUAAAAAUUGUCUUUAUCAGCCAUCUAAGGCAUAAUUGCCAAGAAAAUUCUCCCCUGGUUCCACUCGCCUGCCGUAUCUCUCUCGCAUGUGUUACGAAAAUCGAGAAAAACUAUUCUAAUUACUCUCUGAGCUUCAUCCAGUGCUUUGUCCCACUUGCUUAAUAAAUUUACCAUGCAAGGCAUAAAUUGCCGAUGAUUUCGGCAAACCAGCCUACUGAUGGUCAGAAAUUUUUCCAUCCGCAUCGUCAUACAUUCAUCGAACAGCGAAGGAUUCUUGAAACUUUGCCAAAACACUAGUUAGAGCGAUCGCUCGUAGGUCUUCAACAAGUGUGCAUGGCGUAGUCUUUGGAAUUCCCGAUACCUUGUAUUUUUCCAAAUCAUAGGAAAAGUUUUUGAUUGAAAAGAUUCGUUCAAAAUGUCCGUCAAAGGUAUAGCAAAACAAUUCCCAACUGCUAUGACUAAAUCAUGGUUGGUGAUAUGAAACACUCUGGAUCUGUGUUGUGUGCAUGUUGCAUGUAAGUGAUGCCAGAAAUGUAUAUCACGUCUAGUGCACAUCGACAUACCGAGCAUCGUCAAGAGCAAAUGGAAACCACAAUUAAUUUGUCAAAAAUGCUUGGCACAUUUAGUAAAAAUAGCAACUUCAUGUCGCAGAUUUCCCUUUACAUGAACAUUAUAUGCCCAUUGUAUUCACAAUUUCAUAUUUAGACUCCCCCACAUCUUUCUCCCUCACAAUGUUGCUUAACACCUUCUGAAUUUACCUUGUGAAUUACCCACAACAUUGUCAUGGGUAGGUAUGAUUUUUAUUGAGUUGACUGUCAAAUUCAGCCUGUUGAUAUGUGCCAAUAUUUUUUACUAGGCUUAACAGUUAGAGCUUAAUUUAAAUAUACAUCUUAACACUUAAUUUAAAUAUACAUCUGUUCUGUUUUUGUCAAGAUAUGAUGAUUUGAUUGUUGGAGCGCCAUUCUACAGCGGCAAAGGAGGAGAUGAAGGACGUGUCUAUAUUUACCUCAGUUCUGAAAUUCAAUCAGUAAGUAACGAAAUAACAGAUUUGAAACAAGAUCUGUUUGGCGAGUGUCGAGUCUAAAAACUUGGCGUAAAGAAAUGGAAUGAAUAAAUGAAUGAAUGAAUGAAAAACUUCAUUUCAAGAGGGUUGCGCAUAAUAGUGAAUUCACACUAACAAACCUGUGGCUCUUUAUGUUACCCCAUGCUAGCCCAUGCCUGCUUCAACAUUGCAAUCUAUGAUGCAUUUGAAAUUCGUAGUCAAUAAAUGCGGUGCCCAAGAGAAUUUGUUAUUCUGUAAGUAGGUUAGUUUGUUCGGAAUCAAAAGCCUUUGUGUUUGGAAUUUGUGUAAUUUGUACCUUUUUUUAAUACGAAUUAUUUCACCCAAAAAAGUAAAUAAAAGUAAUGUACAUAAAUUGUCACCUUGGGAAUAAUAUACAAAGUUCGGCCAUUUUGUGAAACUCUGUGUAACGAUAAGUUGUUAUCUUGUAGAUUCCAGGUCGUCGAGUGUUAACUUUGUCAUCUGGCGAAAAUAGUCUUGACCCAGGAUUACGUGGCAGCAACACUAAAGGAGCGAGAUUCGGCUGGUCACUUGCUAAAACAGGAGAUCUUAAUAAUGACAAGAUCCAAGGUACAUCGUGUUAACCAAUUGUUUUUUUUUACUUCAAGAACAUACUUACAUAUGACAAACAAACGAACGAACGAACGAACGAACGAACGAACGAACGAACGAACGAACGAACGAACGAACGAACGAACGAACGAACGAACGAACGAACGAACAAACGAACGGACGGACGCUUAGUACGCAUUUGAUUGGUUAAUUGGGUAUAUCAAAUGCAUCUAAUUGACCAUUUGCGUAAUAGACUAAAUUUUGAUCUAAACAAGAAUAGACAAAAAUUUCAUCACAGCUUGAAAGAGCAUCACAAAAUUAGUAAUAUUCCAAAGUUUCGUUGCGAAAUGUUGUAAAGCCCCAAAGGGUAUUUGGCUGUCAAUUUCCCGUUUGCAAUCUAAAAUGACUGAAAAUUGCAAACUUCGCAAGGCUAUAUUAUCCGCAUUUUACAACAUUUCGCAACGAAACUUUGGAAUAUUACUAAUUUUGUGAUGCUCUUUCAAGCUGUGAUGCAUUUUUUGUCUAGACUUGUUUAGAUCAAAAUUUAGUCUAUUACGCAAGUGGUCAAUUGGUGAACGGUCCCUUAAUGUGUUAGCGGUAGGCAAAUCUGAACCUCUGUAAUAACACCAGGAAACUGAGAGGGAUUCCACUACCUGACAAAUACAAAUGGAACUUCAACGUUUCGAGAGAAGGCCCUUCGGUCGGGAAGUUAGUAGCAUGCAUCGGGACAUGUGCUUGCAUACUAAACAAAGGCAGGGUCUGAUCACAAAGAGUUUACCAGAAAAAAUAAUUGUGCACGAGUUCGCGUUUCUCGCUACCUAAAUACUCGCACCGAACGUUCAAGAUCUGAUCGCAGAGAAUCAUCCGUUUUAAUGAAAAGUUUCUGUAAAAAUGUGCUCAAUUGGAAGUUGAAUAAUUUUCACUUUUAAAAAGCAGGUCAUACAAGGCUGCAAAAUAUUUUAAUUUUUUAGAAAACCUUGGGUAAUAUUGCAUGGCAGCCUUUAAAGAGGAAAAACACCUAGUAGGAAAUCCAUAGCAUUUCAAGGUUCUGAAAAGAGUUUUAAAUAAACAUAGGCAGAAUUAUAUUUCCACACAAAAUAUUCAGACCAUGGUCAUGUGUUAGUUGUUUUAUUUUCACGUUCACGUCACACUGCUUUGUUUUUUUAAGCCUCAGGAAGCGAUCAAAAUGCUUUGGUACCUUAGAUUGUAUAGCCGUAUAUUAAAUUGUUUAUCAAUUAUCAGUGUUCUUAUAUUUCUAAGAUUUUAUUGUUGGGGCACCACAAGAUCAACCAGAUCUGAACAAUGAUGGUUUUGGAAAUGGAGCAAUUUAUAUUUAUCAUGGCAGGAGAGAUGGGAAAUUUGAUAAAUAUCAACAGGUUUGUUUAUUGUAUACAACUGAACACGAUAUACAUGACAAGGUUGGCUGUAUUCCUACUCCAGUGAUACGUAGAAUAUCACUAGUAGAAAAAAGCUGA